UCACGUGCUGCCUGCAUCCCACGGAUGGGGCUUCGCUUGUUUACGCGGCCCAGUUGCUGGCAUGCUGCAGACCGGUGGCGGUCCACAGACCAGGGAGUUGGGGACCCCUAUUGUAAAUAAUGUAUGGAUUCAUUUUAUAAUGAUGGAUGCAUUACCCACUGAUACUUUCCCACAAUUUUUUAAGGUCUGCGCGUACCCUUCAGCCUUCUUCGGGUGACGAAAUUACCACCAGCGUGUCUGUCCAGCUGUACAACGGAGAGACUCAGCCGCUCAUCAUUAAACUUGAAAAUAUUGGAACAGAACCUCUGGAGAAGCUGGAGGUUACCUCAAAAAUGGUCAACAUGAAAGGAAAAAUGUUUGGUGACUUCUUGAGUUGGAAUCUAGAAGAUACACUCUCACAGUUUCCUUUAAAGCCAGGAAGUAUUGCUGUAUUUACUGUGUAUAUUAAAGUCAAGCUUGAUUUCUCCUGUCACGAAAACCUUCUGCAGGAUCUGAAUGAUGAUGGAAUUAGCGUGAGCGGUCUUCCACUUUCCAGUCCCUUUCGACAAGUGAUAAAGCCACGUAUGGAAAAUAAACCUAUAAAUCCACAGGAAGCCACUAAAGUUGGUGACUUCAGUCACAUAAAGACAUUGGAAGCCAUCUUGAAUUUCAGAUACUCAGGCGGCCCCGGACAUACUGAUGGAUAUUAUAGGAAUUUGUCCCUGGGGCUUCACGUGGACGUUGAGCCAUCUGUGUUUUUCACACGUGUCAGUACCUUGCCUGCAACAAGUACUCGCCAGUGCCAUUUGCUCCUUGAUGUAUUCAACUCAACGGAACAUGAACUCAUGAUCAGUGCAAAGAACAAUGAAAAUUUAGUGUUGCAUGCCGGAGAAUGUCAGCGCAUGGCUAUACAAGUGGACAAGUUCAACUUUGAAAGUUACCCAAACUCACCUGGUGAAAGAGCACAGUAUACAAAUCCAAAGCAGCUGGAAGAAGAGAGGAAGCAAGCAAAAAGCCUGGAGAUCAACAGCAAGUUAGACAUUGUCUGGAAAAUUCCCUCUAUGAAGCGUGAAGGGGAGGCAAGCGUGGAAGGGAUCCUGAAUCAAGUUGUCCUGGAUCACCUACAGUUGGCGCCUCUCCAGUGGGACGUGCUGGUGGAAGGGAAACCCUGCGACUCGGAUAUUGUGGCGGAUUGCACUGUCGGGGAUCCAGUGAAGCUGGAAGUGAAGCUGACCAACUGGAGCAAGCACAGCGUGGGACCCUUCUCCCUCACUGUGAUCCCCUACCAAGACUACCAAAACGGCGUCCACAAUUACGAUCUCCAAGAGGGCAUCACUUUCGUAGGAUCCAACACCUUUUACAUCGACACAGUUCAGCCGACAGAAAAUUCCGUGUGUGUCGGUGCUCUUCUCUUUCUCUGCACUGGUGACUUUUACUUGAACAUCAAGUUCCACGAAGACAACUCAGACAAGGAGUUUCCCCCUUCGUGGCUGGGCCUGCCCAGCGUUCACAUCCGCGCUGUGCACUCUGUGAUCCAGACCAAGUUGUAAACGUCAGGGUGUAAUCGAACAUAGCAUUAGCCAACUUGCUCAGCAAGGCUGGCCCUGGGGUCGCCUCUCUCCCUUGCUUUCUACUCCAGGUUUUACUACAAGCCUUAAAGAGGCGUAUUUAAGUUAUUAUCUAAAAGUAGCCAACUGUAAGUGGACAAUCGCUUUUGCUCAUUUAGGAAGAGGCAAUGUUAUAUGAUGAGGAACUCAAUGUUCUUCAUUCACAAGGGUUUUCGGGAUGAUCUCUCUCUCUUUUUUAGAAAUAUGUUUCAGUUAUUAAGAGAUAACACUGAACUGUAUCCACUGAUGUCUGGGGGGGGGGAAAUAAUCCUCAAAUUAAUUGCAUCAAAGCUUGUCUACUUGGGUGAUGUCUACAAAGUUAUAACAUAAGUCAUGGACCUGCACCUCUACAUUCUUCUUCUCCUCGCUCACUUGAACUUUCUGUAUUCUUUCAAACUUUUAAAAAUCUUCUACAUUCUUUAAAGCAGGGAUAGUCAACCUUGGCUCUUUUAUGACUCGGGGACUUCAAUUAGCUGGCUCAGGAAUUCUGGAAGUUGAAGUCCACGAGUCAUAAAAGAGCCAAGGUUGACUACCCCUGCUUUAAACUGUACAGGAGAUGUAAGUCUUUUUUUGUCCUUCGCUGGCCAAGUUGGUUCAAUUCUUAGGAUUGGAUUUAAAUACAGUUUUUGAAAUCUCUUUAGUUUUUUUUUUUUUCCUUUUUGAAAAGUAGCCCAGAUUUAAGACAGUUGUGGCAAAAUAUAAUUUGGUAGGUCCAGCGAGAUGUCAAAUCUCCGUUUUUGGCUUUGCCACUUUUGAACCUCUGGAGUUUGCAGCCUUGGAACACGUACUCCAGAGACCAUUUUUCGACUUUUCAGCUGAAUUUCAGAAGCAUUUGGCACAGAUAAGGCUUUGUUAGUUGAAUGGAAUGACAUUCAGUAUAAUUUUUUUAAAAAAACGAGUAUAUGACAAGAAAUGCAGACUCAAAUGCAGAAAUGCAGACUACAUGCUGCUUCCUAUGAAGAAGACUGGACAUUUGUGUAUUCCUUCUCUUUUUAUCUGCUUCUUCCGUAGAAAGCCAAGCAAUCAACUGAACUAGUUGGCUUUUGAUUUAGGCAGAGACAUUUGCCUGCCAGGCGUGCACAGAUGGAAAUGGAAGGAGUGGCUUGCCAAGGAAACGAAUUUCAAAUAAUUCCAGCCCAUUCCAGCUCCCUUUAGCUGCUAUCGCUUACCCUGGCUAUGAAUUGUCAUUUGCAAAACCUUUCGUGGGAUCGUGGUUUGUCCCACCAUGGAUCCGUAGAGGAGUGAUUAUAAUUCGUUUUGAAGACAGUUCACGCCAACCCGAUUUUAAGCUUGAAACCCUCUUUCUAAUUGAGCGUGGUUUUUGUGCCAAAAAAUAAAAAUAAAAAUCAACAUCAUAGUUCAACAGUACGGGCUAAUGGGAUUGUAAGCUAAAUUUGCACCGGCUUUUAAGGGUGUUGAUUUAGGCCUGAACUUUUUUUUUUUUUUUUUAAAAAAAGUACUGAUGUCAAUCAGUGGCAAUAGAGGAAAAAAAGAUCAGGAUUAAAAGCUACCAGUCAAUCUCACGAACGAUGCUUACCUAAGGGAUAUCUUUCUCCCGGCCUUCCUUCUUUGCUCAGUGCAAAUUUGCUUCAUAUCAUCCAAUAUUAAAUAGCUGUCUCGGGAGUGCGCGCAGCAGAAAUCCUGAUUCUGCAUUUUCCUUUGGCAAAGGGGACGUUACAUUAUGCAUCUUUCUUCCCCUUUUAGCAAGAGAUGGUUAUCCUAUUUUCACAUGGCUGACACGCAGGUCUCUCUCUUUGUGGAGGAUCGGGGUUCAUAAAGGCCAAAUCCAUUGGAAAAUGCCCCAUUUAAAAUUGGAGCAUUUGCUUCAGUCUAUAAUCUCUGUAUUUUGAUUGGAUUGUACGUAGGGUUUAUUUUUUAAUAAGAGAAAUCAACCUGCAUUCCAUUUCCACACGAUGUGUGUGUGUGUGUAUGGGGGGGGGGGAAAUCUGCAUUUCAUGUUAUUUCUUCUCUCACCCUAUACUACAGUUGUAGUGAUUAUCUGAUAGCAGAGACAUUAAACUCACUUUUAUAAAAUCACUGGAUUUUUCUUCUGCCCAGGUCUUUAAAAAACCGGGCUUACCCUUCAGCAGAGCAUUACCCAAAGACUUAAAAUCCUUGUAGUUAGUUUGUUCAACAAGUUACCUGCGGUGGCUACCUGUAUUGCUUGCUUUGGAUGAGCAGCCCACAUUCUCACUUGUGCGAAACAAUCAACAAAUCCCCGUCAGGCCUGCUAACCACCCAUAGCACAAUACCACUUCCAAAUAAGCAAAUAUUUCCGCGUCGUCUUCCUUGCUCUUUCAUCUCCCACCUCGCAGUCGCUUCAGACGCUGCUUGUCAGUAAGAUCUCUUUAAAUAAUAAAUAUCGCUCCACGCAGAGUGACCUUCAGGGUGAUUCCACUCUAGGAACGUAGCCUCUCCGUCUCUUUUUGCUCCCUUGAAUGAUGAUCUGGUUUGGCGUUUUCCCGCCGCACAAAUCCGGAGAAGAGAUGCAGGGCUGGUCCUAAUAGUUUAAGCAACCUGGAAAUGAUGCGUUUCUACUUAAGAGGUAAACUUCCUAACGUCGUCGUAAUUAUUUCACUGGGGUGCGUUUAUGGCACGUUCACACGGAAGUACCUUCCACAGAAAGUUGUACGCCCACCUCCUGUUUUAUUUCCUUAUCUUAUAUGCAUUAAAGUCUUUAAUAUAUUAGAAUUCCACUGGAGUUUCCUGCAGGGAGUGCCCUCAAAAGAUAGCAUCUCGGUGUAUGUAUGUGUAAGUUAUUCUGUUUAACCUCUCCCAGAAAACACGGUUGAUUUCAUUAUUUCCUAAUGUGGUAUGUAAUGGGUCAGCUUUUGCUUGUAAAUCUGGUGUGACACCAUUAAAUGAGUUAAGCCCUUCCUUGUUUUAAAAUCUGUUACAAACUCAGGACAGAAUCCGGCCUGUUCUGGGUGUGCUGGUGGCAAAUUGAAACCAUAAAUUAUUUGAACUUGUCAAAUAAAUAGCUUUCCGGGGCUUUUUUUUUUUAUCCAA